GUUUCACAUAACUUCUCGAUUGCGUUGUAGGAAGUUUAAAUAUUUCCAAUUCCAAACCGAAUUUUUUGGAACUUUCAGUAGUGAUUUUUAUUCUAUUUCUGAAAGUGAGCCAGGAUGAAGCCGAAAGAUUUGGAUUAUUCUCAGGAGAAAAAGAGCGACGCCGCUGGCAGGGACUCUAACAACGAGUCACCGCACCCAACAUCCUCCGGGUUUAGGCCACGUUCCACGUUAAGCUCGCCAUUUUACCAGGGAGCCACUACCUUUGGAGGUAGUGCGGCCAUCAUUGACGUUUCGCCCCAUUUGAGCUUUACCAGAACGCUCUCAUCGGAAGUCAACAAAACUAGGGAAACUGCAACUUAUUCGGAGUCCGGGGAGUCGAGGAUCUUGAAACGCCGUCGUCUGUACGCCUUUCUAAAUCAGAAAGAAAUAAUGUACAGAAAAUAUCGGAAAAUUCUCAAUUAUUCAAAAACGGAGCUGGAUAAAUCACAAUUGUCAUUUAAGAAAAAUCCAGUCACGAAGCCAGUACUGCGAACGUUCUUCUUUUCUGAGCCGUUCCCGCUAAAACAACUUAACUCAAGGCGCAAUUUCGUUUUUUCCGACCCAACUCCUCUGUAAUAAGAACUUUGGUUGAAAGCAUUAAGGAAUCUACAGCAUGUACUUCUGAUUUGUAUAAGUAUUUUCAAUGUUUCCUUGUACAGAAAUUAAAAUUUAUUAGUAGUACUAUUUCUGCAUACUA